AUACUCUCUCUUAUUAGUUAUAACACUCAUAAACUUUAUUUCUUAUGUAAUAACCAAUAUAAAACUCCUGUUUAUACUUCUACAGAACAUCUUCAGGGUAGUCUAAAUGUCAAAACGUAAUAUGAUACAGAAAAUUAUACCCGGUUAUAAGUUAUCUACUUAUCUUUAGUCCUGGGAUACCGGUUUAGUACUGGAACAAAUGUCUGGAAUAAGAGUCUUUUAAUUUUAAAAACUAUAGAAAUGCAUGUUCACAGAAAUGACGUAUUGACGUAUAUAUAUUCGCAAAAAACAAUGUAAUAAAAUGUUAAUUUUUAUUAUCGAUGGGGCUGACGAGACUUGUUUUCUACAUUCUACGUAUUAUACGUACUUAUUUAAUAUAUAUUUAUAAGCUAUAACCUUGUAGAUACUAGACAUACCGAAAUAGCAAAUACAAGACAUAAUAUGAAAAAUGUAAGUAAAUAAUUCGUAUUCAAUAUACAACCGUCAACUGUAAAAAAUCAUCACUGAAUUGUAAGUACUAAUUUACUUUAACGAAAAAUAGUGAAAAAAAAAUUGGUAAAACCGUGGUUAAUACACCGAGACUAGGUCAUCGUUGAGGGUGUAUCAAGUAAGCACGAUGUAUUACAGGUAGGUACUAUUACAGUAUUACCAUUAUAUUUAUAAAAUAUUAAUAUAGUACUCUAUGGUAAUUGUGAAUCGACUAAUCCGAUAUAUAUUUUGUUGAAUUGUUCGAUUAAACUUGCAUUUCAAUAAUUCAAUUUUUUAGGAUCUUGCGAAAUCGUGAAUCGUACUUGAAUUAAAUCCCACAACGCAACUGUGAGUCUUUGAUCGCAUUUAUUAUAGUGAAAAGAAAUAAGAAAACCUUUUCCAAUAUCGUAAUAUUGUUUAGUAUUAUUACAAGAGAAUUUACUUACAAAUUGAAACAAAAUGACAACCGAUGUUCCGGAAGAAAAACACCUAACAGGGAUCCAUAAGUACUUCAACACAACGACCAUAAACGGUCGAGUGAAUAUUUCCUGUGCUACAUUUGCAACACUAGGAAUAUUUUUGCUGUACUUGAAAUUCAAAUCAAACCAGAAAAACCACAGAACAAGCAAUGAAAAAUAA